GAAGAUCUACGUUUUAUCUCCUUCGCUCAAGCACUUCCACACCUCACAAAACUGUCAAAGGAUGACAGAUUUCUAGAGCAAUUGCUAGCAAUAAAGACACAACAAGACGAGAUGGAACAAUCUUUGGCCAAUCAACGUCAAAAAGUGCCUGCGAAUGAAUCACAACAAUUUGACAAAAGCAUUCUACAGAAAUGGGACAGUCUUUAUGCUAGACAACAAGAACGGUUACAACAACUUGGCGUUCCUUGUUUCUUUGCAACACAAGAUCCUGCCCAUCUAAGAAAGCAACAACGUGUCUUUGAUGUCUUGUCGGGUUUGUUGGAAUGA